UGUGCCAUUCAAGCAGCAGAUGCUUGCUUCAUAGCAGUUAUGAGAAUUGCUGGAAAUAGUCCACUACGUUGUAUUUUAGUAUAGUACUCUCAGAGUAUAUUGGUGAGUAGUGUACUGUUGUGCUUGCACAGCCACUAUAGAGUAGUGAAUGUUUUUUUUGCUCAGAUAGGAGUGGCUGACCCAGGCAGUCUGCUUCGUCUUUGAUGCUUCGAUUAACCUGCGUUCCUCGCUAGUUUCAAGACUGGAGUCUUGAGAAUCCAAAACUCUUAUUGGAUCUGGCUACCUCUGUGUGAUAAUUCUGUGGAACAUUUCACAGCAUUACGUACCUACUAGUGAGGUUAUGUAACAUAAAACGUGAGAUGUGUGACUAAUUCCGAAUCAUGAUUGGGAGGGACAUAAAAAUAAGCGACAGGCAUACCACAUAAUAUGCUUAGAGGAACCAAGAGAAGUUAUAACAGGACAAUCGGCGCCUCGGAUUCAAACACGAAACCUUUGGAUGUGAACAAGAGAUAUCACCGAGGGUCCACUUCGUCUGACAAUCGGUUACAAACACAUAACUAUGGGGCAGGGUACAUCACGCCUCAACUGGGCAUGCUCCUGCGAGGAUGGAAAGUUCAACCUCUCAGCGACAUACGAAGAGCAGAAGUUCAGUCCAACAGAAACUAUUGUAGAAGAACACCAGCAGACCCAGACACCACAAGUAAUUAAGACACAGCUCAUUAACUGUCAGAAGACUUCAACAUCAAAAGACACUCUUCUUCCCAUUAUGGACGUGGAAAGCAGCACAGAUGAGCCCAACAAGAAUACAAAACUAAGAAGAACAUUCAGCUCAUGUGACCUGGUGUACACAAAGCCCACAGGGGACUCUAGAAGGCAAAUAAGUAGUAAGAGUGGGGGAGUCCCCAAGAACAGCAGCCAACAGUAUGGAUCACAGGAGGCUCUGUCUUCUGGUGGCAACAGUUCUACCAACACUGAGUCAUCAGGUCCGAGCCAGAGCAAUUCAGAGAACUCCCUCAACUCCACGAAAAGUGUUGAUUCGAAGAUACACCGCGUGUUUGGAACGUCUACUGUGCACAAGACAAAACGAGAGAAGGCUGACCAACUGAACAGACAAAAGUCAAACAAUAGUGUGACUCCUAGCCAGACACCUUCCACUGAAAUAAAAUCUAGUGUCAACUCAACAUCCACAGGUUCAACAGAGAGGAAAUCAAGCAUUGGAGACAUGAGCUCUCUGAGUGAGAUGCUCAAGAAAAAAAAUAAAGAUGCCAGAAGAGCUGAGAUUGUAGCAGCUGUAACAAAGAGAUUGUACAGUGCCAAGAAGAAGGUCGAAAUGAAGUCUGAGCCUGUGGACGUGGUGCCAGAGCAGGAGGAUAAUCAAGAUGAUCUUGCAGAACCUGAUGAAUUGAAGUUGUGUCAACGGGCGCGAGCAAGACUGCAAGAACUUAGCAAAAAGGUCAUUCAAGCACAAAGGAGCAGGACACGACGUUUCAAUAACACAGAGACCCAGACUGACUUUGAUGCCCACGUGCUGCGCGUGAAAGAAGUGGCUGUGAGCACGGAGGAAUUCAACUGUAGUCCUUCUGUGUUCUUCACUGAAAACAGAAGGCUGUUAUUCACACAAUAUGCCUAUGGCAUGAAACAGGAACCAGCAUGGAGCAAUCUGCCAAUCAUGAAGAACAACAGGCUUCCAGAUGAAGACAGCUUCUCUGACGAUAGUUUGGAUUCCACUCAUGUGGUGAGUGCUACAGAAGAGAAACCUUCCAUGUGGAAUGUCAUCAGCAUCUCAUCUGGAAAGCAAUUCAAGACCAAGAAAUUUGACGAGAAUGAUCAAAGACUCACAGAUAUCUCAACACAAACACAAGCAUGUUUCUCUGGGGACAUCGCAGUGAAGAUGUCAGACAUGGAAACAGACAAUUUCAACAUCUGUUCAAAUGACAUGGUGAGUCCCAGACAAGUCGACAUGUGUGGACAUGAACACACCAAUCAGCCAGAAGUAGUGGCUAAGAUCAAUCAAUUAUCAUCUUGUCUCCACAAAGAUGUGCAGGAACAGGCACACUCCUGUGCAAGUACUCAUGAUUCGCUAGAUAUGGACACAGGAACCAUCACAGAAGGUACACCAUUACAACUGAGUGAUCAUCAUUUGUAUACCAUUACUGAGAAUACACAAAAGAAUGGCAGUAAUGAUGUAACCUCUGCUGAGUAUGAGAGUACUAGCAUAAAACACACAACUGUGGUAGUAACUGAAAAAUCUGAGAAUAAUCUGAGUAAUACAGUUUCUUUUCCAGAUACUUGCUCGUGCAGAACUCUCAGAUCAACAUGUGGAUCUUGCCCUGUGCCUGAAUCCUACAGAUCUUUCCCUUUGCCAGACUUAAUGACUGAUCCUCACAUUUUAUGUUUUGAGGCGUGUACUAUGUACACCAAACAUGAUCAUGACAGGCAACAAUGUGAAGACAAAAUGUCACAAACAACUCCAGAGUUGUACCUGCAUAAUACUAUUAAAAAAGGCACUUGUACAUUACAGAAAACCACAAAUCAAACAAUAAAUGAUAACAGUUCCAACAGAGAUGUAAUAAAAUGCAAUGAGAAUAUAGCAAUAUUGUACUGGAUAAACAGGAAAAUUUGCAAACACUGCAAGAAACUACUCACACAUCUGUGCAACCAUAAUGGUAGUACAAAGCUUCUACCAGCUCAGAACACUAAAACAGAAGGUACUCAAUAUUCUGUAUCCCAUCUACCAGUAGAAGCCAGCACUCAGACUGGAGUAACUCCAUUUCCAAAUGUGACUUUAAUGUAUACUACUCUGCUUGGGACUUACCCUCAAUUGCUGCAAAUGUUCAACCCAGUCUUAGAGCCGGAGGAUUUUACUGCCAUUUUCUUCCCUGACCAUACAUCAAAUCCAAUAAUUAUGAAGCCAAUUCAUGGCAAUAGCAGCCAUCCACCAAACAGUGUCGGAGUACAGACAGAUAAAAACACAGAGCAAAUGAGUGGUAAUGAGAAUGGCUGGUGUAAUAUGGAAUUACAGUGUUACAAUAACACACAAGACAGUGGGAUGCAAAGCAAUGUGCCAGCACCACAAAGAGGAACAGGACUACCCCAAUUUGCUCAUGGCCAACCAGCAUCCCAACAAGUGACCAACACUCAUGAGACCUGCAGUGAGGGGUCACACACAACAACUGUGCCUAACAGCAACACUUCUACAUCUGUUCCAAUUAAUCUGGACAACUUUUCCGAUGAUGAGGAUGCCCCAUGUCUGCCUUAUGUAACUGUAACUCCUACACAAAUAACAGGGGCUACAGGCUACCAACACUUGGCAGAUAUCAAGAACCUCAUUCUUGGUACAGACAGAAAUAUAUUUCCACACAAUACAGUUGAGGAGGAUCAUCCAGUCAAACGAACUAAGAACAUCAAGAAGAAGUCCGUGUCGUGGUCUGAUUUAAGUGGCUGUGGGGCACUACAUACAGAGAUGGUGUUUGCAUCUGACCAUAAUGUGUAUGACUCAUCACAGGUCCAACCGAACAAGAUCACAAAGAACUCAUUACUAAAUGUCAUAUCUGCUGAGACAUGGAGACCAACUCUCAACAGCAGACAGACAUCUUCCCAACCAGAAAAUCAGAGAGAGAACAAGGAGUUGCAUCGCAGCUGGAGUUCAGUAGAUGUAAAGGAGCUGAGAAGUAGGAAGAUAGAGGGAAAACUGGACUUAGCAGCAUUCCUCAGGGAGGCCAGUGCAUUAGUACAGAGCCUCAGUCAGGCUACCAGCUUGCUAGAAAAGGGACGUCAACUUAACAUCACAAAUUCCAUUCCAUGUGAAGAAGAUGAAGCCAUUGACACAGUGCACAAUGAGCUGUGGAUGGCUGCAGAUAAUGCUUCUUACACCAGUCAGUCUCCAUUCAUCAAGGAAGAAGGAAGCUACAUUGGUCCCAGUUCUCUGCCAUUAGUGAUGUCCAGUAAGGAAAAUGACAAUGGUACGACUAUGGUUAGAAAGAAUAUUACAAAGUGCCAGAGAACUAGAAUGAGCAGAUCUAAAAAAUGUAACAUAAACAUGCAUACUGAAUUAGACCAAAUUCAUCAUAACAGAGGCAUAUCAAAUUGGUUUUGUGAUGAACAUGAAAUGCCGCAUACUUCUAGCCUACCAGACUGUUCAAAUCUUAACACAGACGACUCGGAUUGUUACUGUUCCAUCUCCACAUGCCCCACUCGUCUGUCAGCCCCUCAUUUAAAUGCCUUUAAUAACAAUCAUUCAUAUGAGAGGUCAUUUCCAAUCUGUUCAUCUCCUUCUAGUCCACGGGCAUACAGACAGCACCUAGUAUCUAUUAGGAAGCAGAUUGUUAGAGCAUCCAUGCCUGUAAUGUUCACCAACUGCAAGUAGUUGGCAAUGUAUGAUGUGCCAGUAAAGUUACAUAAGAAGUUAAUAAUUAACAAGAAGCAUGUAUAGUGGACUUUAGCUAGUAGAUCCCAGACAAAUGAGCAUGCCUCCAUGUUAAGAUGUUUUUAUGUACUUUGUAUAGAAAGCAUAAUAAAUGGAAAGCAGAAACAAAGAAAUAUAAAAAAGAAACCACGAAUUACUUUACUGUUCAUACAGUAUUCAAAUGGGUACUGUAGAGAAAGAAGCGUUCAGACCCACCCAGAGGCCAAAACAGCUUCCUAACAUAUGGGUGUGGAAGGCUACUUUCCCAGGAGUAAACCAGUCACAGCAUCAAUCUGACCAUUGACCUAUAGUACUGAGGUUAAGAAUGCAUGCAGCUAUACCUGCACUCCCUAAUCCUUCUUCAUGACUUAGCACAGAGACAUCUCUACUUUUACUUUUAAUGUAGAGCAAAAAGGUGAGCAGAUAUCAAUCUCCUUAUUCAAUCUACGGUUGACACCAUGAUAUAAGAGACUAGAAUAUAGAUAUAAGACUUAUAUUUCAUGUACAGAGCAAGACAUAACAACAAUAACAACACACUCGAUGCUACGUGAUAUGAUAAAACUAUGUACAACAAUUCAGAAAUAGCAUUUAAAUAAACUUAAACUGAUAUAACUUUACAUUGUUUAUCAUCACAUCACACAAUCAUGUCCCCCUGGUAUGAAAUUUAAACCCAAACAAAAAUGUGCUCCUAGCCACCAUUAUGGUUUGAACGAACAAUGAAA